GCCAUAGACGUUGUAAACAAAUGAGACAGCUUCAAAUCCUGUUUAAAACUUUAGUAAUGUUCGUCAUGUGGAAUGUCACACCUUGAGCACUAAGAGUACAUAAGAAUCUAAUUAAAUUUGCAUUUUCAAACGUCAUCCGAAACCCAAUUAUUCCAUCCAUAUAGUUUUUCUUUGUGCACUCUUCCUAGAUGGAUAGCUAGCUAAUAGUAACGUUACAUAUGCAGAUGAAAUCGUUUACAAUUUCAUCGUUCUUCUGGACUACAUUAGACGAGCCUGGGAUACUUCUGAGACAUUGUUCUGCGAUAAGAGAGCUGGAGGAGUUCUGGCCCUUCAACGCUCUCCUGACUGAGCUGGCUCGCAGGCUGACCUACUGUGUCCAGGCCGAGCUCCUCCCUUUCAUGGAGGUAGCGGGAGUCAUGGAGGGAAGAGCCAAGCAACUGUACAACGCUGGAUAUAAGACACUGGCUGACCUGGCCAACGCUGACCCAAACGUUCUUGUCAAGACUUUGGAGAACCUCUUCAAGAAACAAGCCAAUCAGAUUGUUGCUUCUGCAAAAAUGCUGUUGAAUGAGAAAGCUGAUGCACUUCAGGAGGAGGUGGAUGACUUGUUAAUGAUGCCUCUUGAUCUAUUUGUAAAUAUGUUGCUGGGGUGGAUUUAUUUAGUAAACAUGACUUUUAUUUGGCCUUGUGUUUUAAUAUUGUUUGGUGUAACAUAUUGUUUAUCAGAGUGUAUUAAAACAUAAUGUGUUUUACCUGUCUAU